AUGUCAACUUGUUCACCAAGUGAAAAUGGAAUCAGCGAAAAGCUUCCACCUCCAUUAAAUCGGAUGGGAUUAUUUGAGCCUUAUAUUAAGGAUGGAAAGAAAGUAACUGAAAUUAUCAGAUUCAAUCCUGUUCAAGUCUUUUUCACUGGAUUUUUACCCCCUUUGUUUGGAUCUGUUUCCGCCAUAGCAAUUGCUUUGAUAUUCCAUAAUGAUGAGAUAAGUAAUUAUAACUGGCAGUGUGGGAGAGCCCGGCUACCAUCACUUUCACGUAUUAUCAAUUUACCUGUAGAGCGUACUUUCUGGCAAUUGUUUUUACUUUUUCAUGUCCCUAUCCGAUGUGUAGAACUGAUUACUGGAUUUUCUCGCUAUAAAAGAAUGAGAAACGUUAACUACAAGCAUGUAUGGUUGUACGAGCUCUCUCGUUACAUUUACUUCUACGUCGGAUUACUUGAACUCAUUUUCUUAUCCGGACUUUCCAUUAUAGGAGAAAGAGAAAACAUACAGCUUCAUGUUAUCUUCUUCUACGUCUUCGGAAUAUGUGGUAUUGGGCAUAUGCUGGCAAACAUCUUCUGUCAUGCUCACUCUCUCUAUUACCUCAAUCCAUAUGGAAGACUAUCAUAUUACUUAAAAAUCUUAUUCACAGCAAUGUAUCUUUUAUCAACUCCAAUACUAGUUGGUUCAUUUAUACUGUAUUGGAAGAAAUGCAUUACAUGGGCUUAUGACGUAUUUGCUGUUUGUGAGUACUGUGGUGUAUUCUUGAAUAUCUGCUUCCAUGGUUGUGCAUUCUUUGAUAUUCAAUAUAAGGUGACAUUCAGCGUUCGUCAUGUAGAACGAGUUAAAACUGAUGAUCAGAAAAUCAACUUCAACAAAAUCGCCGAUGUUGAGAUGAAAUCAAAAGUUAUCCGAAUGCAAGGCUAA